AUGGGACAUGAUAAGCCCGCCCCACAACUCGAUUGCCCAGAAGUGGACGACUUCUUUCUGCUCAAGGACGCGGACGUGAUGGAAGAUGAGAUCUGGUUUGCUUUGACGCCGAUCACCCGAUUCUGGAACCCUAACGCAGCGUAUGAGGCGAAACGCAUUCUGGACAAAAAUCGAUUCGACUGCUUACUGGUCAUCGGAAUAUGUCGUGACAGUACCAGAUUGAAUCUCCACCUUUUAAACGACUACUGCUCGGGCCCCACACUCGAGCCUUGGAGAUUGGCUGAACAUACGCUAGACAGCUUGCUCGAAAGCAAUAGCUGGGUAAACAUUAAAGACGGUAUACACCCAGAGAGGGUGUCUCUCGCCAUCGGCCGCGCUUUCCACAACGGCUACCGUGUACUGCAGCGACCUGGAUCGGACGCUGAGUACCAGGGGAUCAUUGUAGUUGGUGCCAAUGCAACGUAUCACAAGUUGGCGCGGUUGAGAGAGGUCGACUGGAUUAUCUUACACGAAGAUGUCGCAGCAAUGCUAGAAUGCAUCACCAAUAAGCCCCUGCGUCUCUCAUAA